AUGGGCUCUGAUAGAACCUUGUCUGGAACGCCGGGUAAACCUGGAAGCAAUAUGAGUACAUCUAGUUCUUUGGCUCCUGGCAAUCGUAUCAUAUCUGUUAAGUCCUCUAUUGAUGGUAUUGGUUGGGACCCAGAGCGACGUGAAAUGCUCGAAGAAUAUGUAGUUACAGUCCACAAACAUUUUUUUAUGUGA